AUGUACUCCAGCCCAGAUGUCUGCCUAAAAUCUGGCAGUCACAACAGUAGCAGUAACAGCAACAGCAUCACUGAACUGCUGGGCUCCCUGUGUGACAGCAGCCUCACUGGGGUGUCAUGGAAACGUCGUGCUCUAGGAGGGGUGUCCCGAGAGGGGGUCCGCCGCACCCUCAGAAAGCAUGCCUACGGGGCCCUGCUGUCCAAACUGUUCCAGGAGGGCUCCCCGAAAGGGUCCUUGUCAGUACCUAGUGCCACGUCCAUCACUCCGCCCAGAAACAAGCUACUUAUGAUGUCCUUUGACUUGCGUGUGGCGGGGUGCCAGGACGAGGCCGAGAGGCUGGAGGAGCAGCUGGGGAGGCUAGGUGAGGGGGCCGCCUCGGGUCUGAAGGAGCUGGACUCUGUGCUGGAGCUCCUGGUGCAGCUGACUGGCUCUGCACCCCCACCCCCGGCCUCCUUCAGCAGGGACUACAUGCGCAGGGAGAGGCCCGUGCUGAGGAGGCCUCCGCUGGGGGGGUACCAGAGCGAGGAGCUGCAGAGGCUGGAGGCCCGGGCCUGGGCCCUGAUGUGUGGGGAAGAGUGGGGAUCCCUGAAGGGUCUGUGUGGGACUCUGGGUCUGAUGGACGCUCCUCCGGGCACCGGCCUGCUGGCUCUUAGGAGGAGGUCAGACGUAGAGGAGAGGUUUGAGAAGGAGACCAGGAUGUCUCUGUUUGGAGCCCUGCAGCACUCCCGUACCUCAGACCUGGACAUCAGGCUGGACCUGCCUCCUCUGCCCAGCAACGCUGAUGUCACUGGGCUAGCCAUACGGGUAAGACUGACACUGAUAUGAGUGGGUGUAUGACGAAUUUCAGUUAAUUUGGUUAAAGUGCUUCUUUGUCAAUAUGAGUGGUUGUUUUUUGACAAUGGUAAAAAGUACUGUAAUCAAUAUGUCAGACCCAAUUGAUUUGUACUUAUUAGCACUGGAUGAUUAGUCAUUAUAAUCAAUUAUCUCUUGUUGGUGCUCUAACCAGGUGCCACCUUGUUUGGACCUGUUAGAAGAUGAGGGCUUCCAGUCAGCCUCCAACCUGACCCCAGACUCCCAGUCAGAGCCCAGCCCCAGCCCAGAGCUUGAUGUCUGGGAAGCCCUGAGGACUUUUGAGCCUGGGAGACGCCGCUGCUGGGAGUCUGUUGGCUGGUAAGGGAGGGAUCCAAAAGUAUUUGAAAGACUGAAACAUAUAGCUGGGGGGCAAUUCCACGGUAACGGAUUACAAACAAAAACAAUUUAUAAGUUUAACAAGGAAUACUUUCAACAAUUUACACAGAAAAUGUCACAAAAAUACAUUUACUGGAAGAACUGUGCAGAUGCAAAGUUUGGUAACAGAAUUACGGUAAACUCUCCCUCAGGUUAUGCGACCACGUUUUCCAAAAACUCUGUUAAAUAUCUGCUCUGAAUUAAAAUUCAAAAAUGUCUGCAGAAAGAAUCGGGUGUCAGCUAUGAUAUGACACCUUGAGUAAAGAAAAAGUCUAAAAACAUUUUGGUUACUAAACUACAGUAGGUGAAGUGACUUUACAUCAGGUAACGAAAUUACUUUAACGGAAUUAGGUACACAAAGGUAGAAAUAUGCAAUAUACUUAUUUUGCAUAUUUGUGUAUUAUUCUACACACUGGUUAUUUUUGUAAUGAGCUCCGCCCCCAAACAAGACCACAUUUGGUUGGUCCGGACAGACAAAAUCAGAAGAAUCAUAGACGUCUAUGUUUCACAAGUUACGACAUCACAGUAGAGUACAGUAAAGUAGAGUUCAGUACAGUACAUUAGAGUACAGUAAAUAGAUAUGUACAGUACAUUAAACUUUACUCUAGUGUGCACUACUGUACUGAACUCUAUUACAGUGCUGUACAGUACUACUGUACUUUUCUUUACUGUACUGUUCUCUACUGUGCUGUACUCUCCAAACUUGUGUAACAUAGACCUCUAUGAUUGGUUCAGAUUUGGUCCGACAAGGGCGGACUGGAUUGGAUUUAUUUGGGUAAAAGACAACAAAAUGUACACUGCGAACCCAGAGGAUAGAAUUUAAAAGUGAUAAUUAAAAUACUUGUUUACAAAGUGGACCUCAAUGGUAAAAACAAAUAACACAUAUAAUGAUUUAAAAGGCAAGACACAAUUACAAACAACCACACUACAUUCAUUUACAGUAUAUUGACAUCCUAAAAAGUGGCACUUAAAAGCACAUUUCCCUAACUUAAAAAAACUACCUAUUCAUUGCACAACAUCCCUAACCUAGGAAACAAGCUAUUUAUUGCACAUAAUGCCUAACCUAGAAAACAAGCUAUUUAUUGCACAUAAUCCCUAACCUAGAAAACAAGCUAUUUAUUGCACAUCAAAUAAAAUGUUAUUUGUCACAUGCGCCGAAUACAACAGGUGUAGACCUUACAGUGAAAUGCUUACUUACAAGCCCUUAACCAACAAUGCAGUUUUAAGAAAAAUUUGUGAUAAGUAAAAAAUAAAUAAAAAUAAAGAGCAGCAGUAAAAUAACAGUAGCGAGGCUAUAUAAGGGGGUACCGGUACAGAGUCAAUGUGCGGGGGCACAGCUUAGUCGAGGUAAUUUAGGUAAUAUGGACAUGUAGGGGGAGUGACUAUGCAUAGAUAAUAAACAGAGAGUGGCAGCAGCGUAAAAGAGGAGGUGGGUGGGGGGGGGACAAUGCAAAUAGUCCGGGUAGCCAUUUGAUUAGCUGUUCAGGAGUCUUAUGUCUUGAGGGUAGAAGCUGUUAAGAAGCCUUUUGGACAUAGACUUGGAGCUCUGGUACCGCUUGCCGUGCGGUAGCAGAGAGAACAGUCUAUGACUAGGGUGGCUGGAGUCUUUGACAAUUUUUAGGGCCUUCCUCUGACACCGCCUGGUAUAGAGGUCCUGGAUGGCAGGAAGCUUGGCCCCAGUGAAGUACUGGGCCUUACGCUCUACCCUCUGUAGUGCCCUGCGGUCGGAGGCCGAGCAGUUGCCAUACCAGGCAGUGAUGCAACCAGUCAGGAUGAUCUCGAUGGUGCAGCUGUAUAAUUUUUUGAGAAUCUGAGGACCCAUGCCAAAUCUUUUCAGACUCCUGAGGGGGAAUAGGCUUUGUCGUGCCCUCUUCACGACUGUCUUGGUGUGUUUGGACCAUGAUAGUUUGUUGGUGGUGGACACCAAGGAACUUGAAUCUCUCAACCUGCUCCACUACAUCCCCGUCGAUGAGAAUGGGGGCGUGCUCGGUCCUCCUUUUCCUGUAGUCCACAAUUAUCUCCUUUGUCUUAAUCACGUUGAGGGAGAGGUUGUUAUCCUGGCACCACACGGCCAGGUCUCUGACUUCCUCCCUAUAGGCUGUCUCGUCGUUGUCGGUGAUCAGGACCUACCACUGUUGUGUCGUCAGCAAACUUAAUGAUGGUAUUGGAGUCGUGCCUGGCCAUGCAGUCAUGGGUGAACAAGAAGUACAGGAGGGGACUGAGCACACACCCCUGAGGGGCCCCCGUGUUGAGGAUUAGCGUGGCAGAUGUGUUGUUACCUACCCUUACCACUUGGGGGCGGCCCGUCAGGAAGUCCAGGAUCCAGUUGCAGAGGAGGUGUUUAGUCCCAGGGUCCUUAGCUUAAUGAUGAGCUUUGAGGGCACUAUUGUGUUGAACGUUGAGCUGUAGUCGAUGAAUAGCAUUCUCACGUAGGUGUUCCUUUUGUCCAGGUGAGAAAGGGCAGUGUGGAGUGCAAUAGAGAUUGCAUCAUCUGUGGAUCUGUUGGGGCGGUAUGCAUAUUGGAGUGGGUCUAAGGUUUCUGGGAUAAUGGUGUUGAUGUGAGCCAUGAACAGCCUUUCAAAGCACUUCAUGGCUACAGACGUGAGUGUUACGGGUCUGUAGUCAUUUAGGCAUGUUACCUUAGUGUUCUUGGGCACAGGGACUAUGGUGGUCUGCUUGAAACAUGUUGGUAUUACAGACUCAGUCAGGGACAGGUUGAAAAUGAAGACACUUGCAAGUUGGUCAGCGCAUGCUCGGAGUACAUGUCCUGGUAAUCCGUCUGGCCCUGCGACCUUGUGAAUGUUGACCUGUUUAAAGGUCUUACUCACAUCGGCUAUGGAGAGCGUGAUCACACAGUCGUCCGGAACAGUUGAUGCUCUCAUGAAUGCUUCAGUGUUGCUUGCCUCGAAGUGAGCAUAGAAGUAAUUUAGCUCGUCUGGUAGGCUCGUGUCACUGGGCAGCUCGCGGCUGUGCUUCCCUUUGUAGUCUGUAAUAGUUUGCAAGCCCUGCCACAUCCGACGAGCGUUGGAGCCGGUGUAGUACGAUUCAAUCUUAGUCCUGUAUUGACGCUUUGCCUGUUUAAUGGUUCGUCGGAGGGCAUAGCGGGAUUUCUUAUAAGCAUCCGGGUUAGAGUCCCACUCCGUGAAAGCGGCAGCUCUACCCUUUAGCUCAGUGCAGAUGUUGCCUGUAAUCAAUGGCUUCUGGUUGGGGUACGUACAGUUACUGUGGGUAUGACGUCAUCGAUGCACUUAUUGAUGAAGCCUGUGACUGAUGUGUACUCCUCAAUGCCAUCGGAAGAAUCCCGGAACAUAUUCCAGUCUGUGCUAGCAAAACAGUCCUGUAGCUUAGCAUCUGCAUCAUCUGACCACUUCUUUAUUGACCAAGUCACUGCUGCUUCCUGCUUUAGUUUUUGCUUGUAAGCAGGAAUCAGGAGGAUAGAAUUAUGCUCAGAUUUGCCAAAUGGAGGGCGAGGGAGAGCUUUGUACGAGUCUCUGUGUGUGGAGUAAAGGUGGUCUAGAGUUUUUUUUUCCUCUGGUUGCACAUUUAACAUGCUGGUAGAAAUGAGGUAAAAUGGAUUUAAGUUUCCCUGCAUUAAAGUCCCCGGCCACUAGGAAUGCCGCCUUUGGAUGAGCGUUUUCCUGUUUGCUUAUGGCCUUAUACAGCUCACUGAGUGCGGUGUUAGUGCCAGCAUCGGUUUGUGGUGGUAACUAGACAGCUACGAAAAAUAUAGAUGAAAACUCUUGGUAAAUAGUGUGGUCUACAGCUUAUCAUAAGAUACUCUAACUCAGGCGAGCAAAACCUAGAGACUUCCUUAAUAUUAGAUUUUGUGCACCAGCUGUUGUUUAGAAAUAUACACAGACCCCCAUCCCUUGUCUUACUUGAGGUGACUGUUCUAUCUUGCCGAUGCAGCAUAAACCCCGCCAGCUGUAUGUUAUCGAUGUCGUCGUUCAGCCACGACUUUAAUGUCCCGUUGGUAGGAUAUUCGUGAUCGUAGCUCGUCUAUUUUGUUAUCCAAUGAUUGUAGGUUGGCUAAUAAGAGUGAUGGUAGAGGCAGAUUACCCACUCGCCAUCGGAUCCUUACAAGGCACCCUGACCUACGUCCCCGAUAUCGCUGUCUGUUUCUCCUGCGAAUUACGGGGAUUUGGGCCUUGUCAGGUGUCUGAAGUAAAUCCUUUGCGUCCGACUCGUUAAAGAAAAAAUAUUUGUCCAGUACAAGGUGAGUAAUCGCUGUCCUGAUAUCCAGAAGCUCUUUUCGAUCAUAAGAGACAGUGGCAGAAACAUUAUGUACAAAAUAAGUUACAAAUAACGCGAAAAAACACACACGAUAGCACAAUUGGUUAGGAGAUGUAAAACGGCAGCCAUCUCCUCUGGCGCCAUUAUGCAUCCCUAACCUAGGAAACAAGCUAUUUAUUGCACAUAAUCCCUAACCUAGGAAACAAGCCAUUUAUUGCACAUAAUCCCUAACCUAGGAAACAAGCUAUUUAUUGCACAUCAUCCCUAACCUAGGAAACAAGCUAUUUAUUGCACAUCAUCCCUAACCUAGGAAACAAGCUAUUUAUUGCACAUACAGUGCCUUGCAAAAGUAUUCAUCCCCCUUGGCGUUUUUCCUAUUUUGUUGCAUUACAACCUGUAAUUUAAAUGGUUUUUAUUUGGAUUUCAUGUAAUGGACAUACACAGAAUAGUCCAAAUUGGUGAAGUGAAAUGAAAAAAAUUACUUGUUUCAAGAAAUUCUAAAAAAAAAAAAAAAUACGGAAAAGUGGUGCAUGCAUAUGUAUUCACCCCCUUUGCUAUGAAGCCCCUAAAUAAGAUCUGGUGCAACCAAUUACCUUCAGAAGUUACAUAAUUAGUUAAAUAAAGUCCACCUGUGUGCAAUCUAAGUGUUACAUGAUCUGUCACAUGAUCUCAGUAUAUAUACACCUGUUCUGAAAGGCCCCAGAGUCUGUAACACCACUAAGCAAGGGGCACCACUAAGCAAGCGGCACCAUGAAGACCAAGGAGCUCUCCAAACAGGUCAGGGACAAAGUUAUGGAGAAGUACAGAUCGGGGUUGGGUUAUAAAAAAAUAUCCGAAACUUUGAACAUCCCACGGAGCACCAUUAAAUCCAUUAUUAAAAAUAGAAAGAAUAUGGCACCACAACAAACCUGCCAAGAUAGGGCCGCCCACAAAAAUUCACGGACCAGGCAAGGAGGGAAUUAAUCAGAGAGGCAACAAAGAGACCAAAGAUAACCCUAAAGGAGCUGCAAAGCUCCACAGCGGAGAUUGGAGUAUCUGUCCAUAGGACCACUUUAAGCCGUACACUCCACAGAGCUGGGCUUUACGGAAGAGUGGCCAGAAAAAAGCCAUUGCUUAAAGAAAAAAAUAAGCAAACACAUUUGGUGUUCGCCAAAAGGCAUGUGGGAGACUCCCCAAACAUAUGGAAGAAGGUACUCUUGUCAGAUGAGACUAAAAUUGAGCUUUUUGGCCAUCAAGUAAAAAACGCAAUGUCUGGCGCAAACCCAACACUGCUCAUCACCCCGAGAACACCUUCUCCACAGUGAAGCAUGGUGGUGGCAGCAUCAUGCUGUGGGGAUGUUUUUCAUCGGCAGGGACUGGGAAACUGGUCAGAAUUGAAGGAAUUAUGGAUGGCACUAAAUAGAGGGAAAUUCUUGAGGGAAACCUGUUUCAGUCUUCCAGAGAUUUGAGACUGGGACGGAGGUUCACCUUCCAGCAGGACAAUGACCCUAAGCAUACUGCUAAAGCAACACUAGAGUGGUUUAAGGGGAAACAUUUAAAUGUCUUGGAAUGGCCUAGUCAAUGCCCAGACCUCAAUCCAAUUGAGAAUCUGGGGUAUGACUUAAAGAUUGCUGUACACCAAGCUUAUAGAGACAUACCCCAAGAUACUUGCAGCUGUAAUUGCUGCAAAAGUUUGGCUCUACAAAGUAUUGACUUUGGGGGGUGAAUAGUUAUGCACACUAAAGUUUUCUGUUAUUUUGCAUCUUCAAAGUGGUAGGCAUGUUGUGUAAAUCAAAUGAUACAAACCCCUAAAAAAAUCAAUUUUAAUUCCAGGUUGUAAGGCAACAAAAUAGGAAAAAUGCCAAGUGGGGUGAAUACUUUCGCAAGCCACUGUAAUCCCUAUCUUUCAAAUAAAUACAACCUGUCCAGCAGUAGGGAGCACAUGGUUUUUCUGUCUCUCUGUGACCGGCAACCGCCGAUAUCUUCAGAAUAAAGUUGACUACAAAUACAAAGUUGAGAUGUCUUUCCAAUUGAUACAAACAAGCAAUGAAUAAAAAGAUGCUUCGAAUGAAAACCAAGAUGACUGCAUUAAAAUAUACAUUUGGUGUACAAAAUAUUAUCUUUCCAUGACAUAGACUGACCAGGUGAAUCCAUGUGAAAGCUAUGAUUCCUUAUUGAUGUCACUUGUUAAAUCCACUUAAAUCAGUGUAGAUGAAGUGGAGGAGACAGGUUAAAGAAGGAUUUAAGACUUGGCAAUUGAGACAUGGAUUAUGUGUGCCAUUCAGAGGGUGAAUGGGCAAGACAAAAGAUUUAAGUGCCUUUGAAUGGGGUAUGGUAGUAGGUGACAGGCGUAGGGCUGUGGCGGUCAAAAACUUUUGUCAGCUGGUGAUUGUCAAGUAAAUAACUGUCUGUCUCACGGUAAUUGACCGUUAAUUAACAUAAACACAUUUAGCAUCUCCUGGCUUACACACAUAGCCCACAAGCCAUUUAAAAAAGUAUAAUAAAUCCAUGUAAUAUAGCCUACACAUUCACAAUAAAUCCAUUAUUUAUUUUAGACAGGUCUAAAGAAGCAUGAUAUGAAGAAAAUGUAGUCUAUUUCAGAAAAACAUUAUAGCGUACUCUGAGUUGGCUGUGGGCUACACAAGUUAAUUUAGCAGAGAAGAUUUGCUUAUAUUUCCAUGGCAUUAUCUUAUAGUAUGAAGAAUACAAUUGAACAAAGCUGAAUAAAAUAUAAAUAUUUUCUCCUAACUAUUUGAUGGAGUGCACACAUGCGGCUAUUCUGUGUUGAGCGGUUAACAAAGAAAUAGCUACUCCUAUAUGCUUUAUUUAGAGUUAUUAAUGUAACUUUAGUUGUUCUACAAACGUUGGGCUAUAUGUUUAGAUUUUUAAUACAUUGUAAUGCUGCAUAUUGGUCCUCUGUAGCUCAGCUGGUAGAGCACGGCGCUUGUAACGCCAAGGUAGUGGGUUCGAUACCCGGGACCACCCAUACACAAAAUGUAUGCACGCAUGACUGUAAAUCGCUUUGGAUAAAAGCGUCUGCUAUAUGGCAUAUUAUUAUUAUUUUAAUGAUGAUUUGAAAAAAGUCGCUUGAAAGGCAUGAGCUCUGCUUUGUUUUUUGCGCAGGCUGUACACACUCCAAUAGUCUCUCAUUCACAAUUUGACAAGCACUUGAUAAUGCCUUAAAUUUCACGCCGGCAUCCUCUUUGUGGCCGUAAUGCACCCUAAAAUCCAUGCCUUUUGCGUUGUGUUCUUCUCCCUGAGUGUGCUGCGUCACUCACUCACACGGCUCUCCGUCACGUGGUCUUUCUCACAGUUAAGAUAGACACAUCCGGGACGCAACUGCACGCGUCCUUAUCCAAUUCCGAGGUGCAUAUUGAAGAUAUUGGAAGAACUGUCCACAUUUACUUUUCGUCAGCCCACAAGAUGAGUAGGCCUAACGAACAGCAAAAGCACUAGCCUAUGUCAAUCUACUAUCCCCCAUAGUACAAAAGUUGACAUUCUGUGCGAGAAUAAAUAUUCCAAACAUAGUCUGGGACAGUUGUGGGAUUCGAUAGAUCCCAAAUUAUUACAACCACUAGCAUCAAAAAACAUGUUUUAUGCAAUGUGGCUGACCAACAGAUCAGAACGUUUAGCUUAAAAUGUUGAUAAACUAUUAGGCUAUUUCUUCACAUUAUAAGCGCAGCAAUGCGCACAUGGCAGUAGGCUAUAAGUGCGAAUGUGCCAUUAGCGGAAAACACCAUUAUCAAAAGUGACCGCAAAUUAUCUCCCCCAAACUUGAAACUCACGUGCUGCUUAUAUAUUCUAUUUAGACUCUACACCCCUUGUAAAGCGGAUUAAUGUGCUUCAUUUUAAGAAGUUAUUUGGCCACUUUAGUUGUGAUACAAACCUUAUUAAAACAUAUAGGCCUAUGGGCUAGGCUACAUGAGGUGUGCGACUAUGAUUCGAACAAGUAGCAAAGAAAGGCAUUGUUUCUUAUGCUGGGCAUCAUUCACAAGUGAUAGGCUAAUAUUGUCACCAAUCAGACUAUUCUUGAUUUAAUCUUGUCUUUACAUAUACUAAAUAAUAUGUGUGACAUUUUGUUUUGAUUUAGAAUGGACCAUUAUCAUGCACCUGUAUCGAAACAGGGGCAGCGGGAAAAAAGACAUGUAAUCUAUGCACUUAAAUAGCGAAUGGAGAACGCUUUUCCCCGUGGUUUAUUUUCAUGCCAGCCAGGUAGGCUAUACUCAUUCACAUUUACAUUUAAGUCAUUUAGAAGAUGCUCUUAUCCAGAGCGACUUACAAAUUGGUGCAUUCAACUCCUAUUGUAAAUAUAAGCAAUGUGCUUAAUCUAAUCAAACAGAGUGAUUAGAGGGACAAUAGAGUGCUGAGUACCAGGCAGUUUGGUAGGCUACUAAUGACCAGCAUUAACAUCAGAGCUUGGAGAAGCCUAAUUACCGUGACUAAACGGUAAUGUGUAAUUUUUUUGUAAUUUAGCAGACGCUCUUAUCCAGAGCGACUUACAGUUAGUGAGUGCAUACAUUAUUUUUUUCAUACUGGCUCCCAUGGGAAUUGAACCCACAACCCUGGCGUUGCAAGCGCCAUGCUCUACCACCUGAGCUACUCGUGACCGCCGGUGUGGUGGAAAUACGGUCACCGCAACAGCCCUAGCCAGGCGCAUCGGUUUGUGUCAAGAACUGCAACGCUGCUAGGUUUUUCAUCUCAACAGUUUCCCGUGUGUAUCAAGAAUGGUCCACCACCCAAAGGACAUCCAGCCAACUUGACACAACUGUGUCAUUGGAGUCAACAUGGGCCAGCAUCCCUGUGGAAUGCUUUCGACACCUUGUAGGGUCCAUGCCCCCGACGAACUGAGGUUGUUCUGAGGGCGGGUGCACAACUCAAUAUUAGGAAGGUGUUCUUAAUGUUUUCUACAGUAAAUACAGUAGGCUACAGGCCUAUUUCAAUCAUAUUGAAAUACAUUUGAUGUUCAAUAAAUUGAGUUAUAUUCUGUAAUUUCUCACUAUAUUUCAUGAUGUGUAGCCUAACAUGUGCGCAAUGAUGUGCCAAAUCAGUGAUUCAGUGCAUUUCUAUUGGGUUAGCAUUACAAUAAACCGCCUCAAUAUUUGCAGCCAUGGUGGUAAUAUCUCUCUAGGGGUUAAUCCGUCCUCAGUAUUGUAAAAUAAUUAUAAAUGUUAAGGUUUUAAUUGAGAAAGCUGAUCUGAGAGCAGCACUGCCUUUCUUUCGAUCCUAUUAGUAUCGAUGCAUGCUCCAACGACGCACUUUGCGACCGUUUUCUCUGGGUGGUGUUUUGCGAAACGUAUGUUACAUCUGCCUUUGUAGGAAAGAUGCAUCGUUAAAGCAACCGGGCCCAGACUGUUGUCACAGUCUUGCUUUGACCACCAGAUGACAGAAAGAGGAAUAAAAAACCCCAGUUAUAAACUGAACAUAACAGUAUACCAGUUGAAGGGAGGACAGUAGCAGGUGAAAAUUCGAUCAACUAUCCUAAACAAUGCACAGGCAAUUGGUUAGAAUGACAUUUAGUGAUCGAGUUUAGGGAACUGUGUGCCUAAUUGCAUGGUGGUUGUUGACCUGUGAGUAACGGUCUUACCUGAGCUUAUAGAACAGUUAUAAGCUGAACAUGACAGUAUGCCAGUUGAAGGGAGGAUAGUAGCAGGUGACCCAACUGUGGUUUGUGACUGAUUUCCCAUUGUAGGCGAUUCAAUUGCAUUAAUAACAUAACAGAUUUUUUGGGAAUUCUAAACUUUAAUCACUUAAUAAUUCAAUAACAAACUGACUAAUUGGUAGGUCUACCUUUACUUGUUACUUAUGUGAACUUUCAUUAUCCUCAUGAGGGAAAUAAAUUAGGAAAUAUCUUAAAGAUAUGUGGGUUUUUGGUAACAAGGCACAAGGCAAUGUUUCUUAAAUUUACCGAAGGUAAAUCAUUUAUCCAAAACUAAAUAUAAGUGUUGAUAUUAGUUGGCGGAGGUCUUUAUUUUAUAAUUGUGUUUUGAUGUAUUUCUAAUACCAUUUUUAAGACUUUUUCUGGUAGAUGUUUUCUAAGAUGCCUUUUUCUAUCUGUUUGACCAGAAAUCAAAGCCUUUGCUUGUUCCUCAUUUGUAUUAUGGGAAAAAAAUUACAAAUAUAUGUAUGCCUUAAUUUCUCAAAUAUAUAGACUCUUAGGUUUCAUUUGACACCCAAUUUGACAUGAUCCUUUGAACUUCACAUGUUGGUGCUCAUUGGUCCUUUUAGAUGGAAAUGGCGUAAGAUGUUAGAAUGGUACACACCAACAAUUUAAAGUUUCUCUGUUGUAGGGGCUACAGGUCUCUUAAAUGUAUAGAUUCCAGAAUAAUGUUGUUAAUCAAGCAUAAACUCUGUUUCUCCCACCAGCCCACCAGGGAAGAGGGAAGCCCCCUACCUGACGGAGGGGGGCAGGGAGGCUUUUGACCAGCUCUACAGGCUGUGGGAGGGGGAGAUGAGGGUGGUCUGCUCUGCACCCCCCUCGCCCCUCCUGCCCCUGCCUCUGGACUGUCAGACACAGCUGGUCAGCGACCUACUUAAUGUACUGAUCGGGGUGGCGUCUACUACCUUCCCCUCAACCAGGUACUGUACCCCUAUUACCUUCACUCUGGUAGUAGUCUACAUACUACUUUAUUUAGUUUGGUGUAUAGGAUAUGUAAUAUACAGAUUUGCAGUAAAUAUAUAUAUAGCAUGUUAUACAACGGGUGGUUCUAAUCCUGAAUGCUGAUUGGUUAAAACCACAUUCCAGCCGGUGUCUAUUCCACAAGUUACCACCGGCUAAAUCUAUGAUGUUAAAAUGCCUAUUUACUCUAUUCCAUUUGACUGCACAAUCCACUGUCUCAUCAGCCCAGCCAGGCAAUUUAUAAACUUGAUCUCCACUAUAAAAAGCAUCUAGAUAUUAUCUCACAUUUCUUUUAGACUAACACUUAGUUUUCAACAGCUGAGAUUUGUAUAAAUCUUGCUGUCUGUCUCUCCGACAUUUGCAAAAUUGUUUCAAUAUGCAAAUUCGUUCUCUAGCUGUCCCAUAGUAAUGAACGUGUCACGAGUCGGGACGAGACAGGCAGGCAGCGUUUCUCAGCCAGUCAAAAUCAUGAAUCAGCUUGCAUAAUUUGUAUGGAUAUAUACAAAGAAAUAUCAAUUGAAAAAAGGUACAACGAAACGAAGUGCAGCUAGUUUACUUCGUCUCGGGCCUAGCAACACCCAUGCCAAUAUAUCCUCCAAACACUGGCUUCUUGGGCAUUAUCACUUAAUUAGAUAAUGGAUUCCAUUUGUUCUCUUUCUCCAGGUGUGUGUAAACUUUGACGUUCGACCCGGAGUGUGUGUGUCGGGAGCGUCAACGGAGAGUGUGUCUCGUUUGCUUAGCGAGCUGGCUCAGUAUGGCACCCAUUACCUGAGGCUCAGCCGCUUCGUUCUGCAGAGUGCCCACAAGAGAGGCCUAGUCUUCCAGGUAUGGUCCUUCAAUCGUUACUGGAUAAUGUAUGCACUCACUAACUGUAAGUUGCUCUGGAUAAGAGCGUCUGCUAAAUGACUAAAAUGUAAAAUGUAAAUAGGGGGAAUUAUCUGGUGUGGUGGGGUUUCAAGGCCUUUUAAAGUAAGACAUUAAAGAAUAGCCAUGGGUAACACUUUACUUAAGGCCUACAGGUAAAGGCAUUAUGAUGUGGUUAUAAUGCAUUAUAAAUGGGUGGUUCGAGCCCUGAAUGCUGAUUGGCUGAAAGCAAAAUAAUUUUUUUGGUGUUUUCGGGGUGAUGAGAGGCGUUGGGUUUGCGCCAGACAGUGUUUUCCAUGAUGGCCAAAAAGCUCAAUUUGAGUCUCAUCUGACCAGAGUACCUUCUUCCAUAUGUUUGGGGAGUCCCCCACACCAAACGUGUUUGAUUAUUUAUUUCUCUAAGCAGUGGCCUUUUUCUGGCCACUCUUCCAUAUGCCCAGCUCUGUGGAGUGUAUGGCUUAAAGUGGUCCUAUGGACAGAUACUCCAAUCUCCGCUGUGGAGCUUUGCAGCUCCUUCAGGGUUAUCUUUGGUCUCUUUGUUGCCUCUCUGAUUAAUGCCCUCCUUGCCUGGUCCGUGAGUUUUGGUGGGCGGCCCUCUCUUGGCAGGUUUGUUGUGGUGCCAUAUUCUUUCAAUUUUUUAUUAAUGAAUUUAAUGGUGCUCCGUGGGAUGUUCAAAGUUUCGGAUAUUCUUUUAUAACCCAACCCUCAUCUGUACUUCUCCACAACAUUGUCCCUGACCUGUUUGGAGAGCUCCUUGGUCUUCAUGGUGCCGCUUGCUUGGUUGUGCCCCUUGCUUAGUGGUGUUGCAGACUCUGGGGCCUUUCAGAACAGGUGUAUAUAUACUGAGAUCAUGUGACACUGAAAUAAAGUCCACCUGUGUGACACUUAGAUUGCACACAGGUGGACUUUAUUUAACUAAUUAUGUGACUUCUGAAGGUAAUUGGUUGCACCAGAUCUUAUUUAGGGGCUUCAUAGCAAAGGGGGUGAAUACAUAUGCACGCACCACUUUUCCUUUAUUAAUUUUUUUGAAUUUUCUUUGAAAGUUUUUUUUUUUCAUUUCACUUCACCAAUUUUGACUAUUUUGUGUAUGUCCAUUACAUGAAAUCCAAAUAAAAAUCUGUUUAAAUUACAGGUUGUAAUGCAACAAAAUAGGAAAAUGCCAAUGGGGAUAAAUACUUUUGCAAGGCCUGUAAAUAUAUCCAUGUAUGUCUUUCUCUCAGGCGUUUACAGGUGGGCUGCGUAAGUACCUGCAUUACUACCGGGCCUGUGUCCUCAGCACCCCUCCCACCCUCAGCCUGCUCACCAUCGGCUUCCUGUUCCGCAAGGUGGGCCGGCAGCUCAGGUAAGACCCUUACUCACAGGUCAAUAACCACCAUGAAAUUAGGCACACAGUUCCCUAAACUUGAUCAUCUAACUAACACUGAAUUCCUACAAGACUGUAUGUAGUCACUAAAUGUCAUUCCAACCAAUUGCAUGUGCAUUGUUUAGGAUAGUUGAUCUAUUUUCAACUAAUAGCUAUAUUUUAGGAAUUGACGCAGUGUUACGCUGUGUAGUGUCCCCCAGUCAGGCUCCUGUUUAUUCUGUGUUGUAGGUAUUUGUCCGAGUUGUGCUGUGUGGAUGGGGCAUCUGGUGUGGGCAAGGCUACCUUCCCUGUGGUAAGUUACAUUACACCCCUCUGAUACACCACCCUCCUUUCUGUAUGCAUACUCACACUCUCUGUCUGUUUGUCUCAGACAUUUAGAAGUGUAUGUAACUCAAUAGUUUAACUCAGCCAGUAUCUUGUCUUCUUCAGGGUGUGAAGCUGCUCUCCUACCUGUACAACGAGGCCCAGAGCAACUGCAGCAAUGAGAACUACCCCGUGCUGCUGUCCCUGCUGAAGAGCAGCUGUGAGCCCUACACACGGUCAGUCAGUCAUCCCAGCCUUUGUCUGAGACAUCACACUGACAAUGUCCGCUGAUCUGUCUCACCUAUCCCACAUGGAAUCUAUGCUAACCUGCAUCACCAAAACGCGUUCGAGAUGCUUGUAAACAACCUGUCCUGGCCUGGUUGUCCGCCUGACUGAUCCUGUUCUCUGUGUGUGUAGAUUUGUGUCAGACUGGGUGUACAGUGGAGUGUUCCGGGACGUGUAUGGAGAGUUCAUGAUCCAGGUCAACGAGGACUACCUAAGCUUCAGAGGUCAGAACAUUACACUGCCUGUUAACAGUACUCUGCAUGUACAGUGUUGAUUGUAGUGACCGAAGUACAACACCCAGCAACCUCGUCAAGCAGUUCAACCCUUUUGUGGUAAAGAUGUUGGACUGACGGCUCCAGGGACCCGGGUUUGAGUUCAGGUUGGGCUACACCCCGAAUUAGCUAAUUCCCUAUACCACAGUCAGGGACAGACAGUAUCACUUUUAAGAUUUGCUGUGGUUUAGAGCAGGGUUUCCCAAACUCGGUCCUGGGGCUCCCCCUGGGUGCAUGUUUUGGUUUUUGCCCUAGCACUACACAGCUGAUUCAAAUAUCUAACUCAUCAUCAAGCUUUGAUUAUUUGAAUCAGCUGUGUAGUGCUCAGUCAAAAACCAAAACGAGCACCCAGGGGGGGCCACAGGACAGAGUUUGGGAAACCCUGCUUUAGAGGACUAUUAGCUGAUCUGCCACACUUCAUCAUGCCUGCAGGGAACCUACCUAGUGUUUCUCACUCCUGAUUUUGAAGGACACACUAAUGUCACUUGCUCUAUUCCAAGAGUCAGUUAGUGAAGCAAUCAGUGGAGCUUGCUUGGCAAUGGCAAGCCUCUGGGUUAGGAUUUCUUCAUGAAAUAAAUUCUGGUGAAUUCAAGCCCCCCCAGUGCCUGUAUUAGGGUACACAGGUCUAACCUAUUAUCAUUUCCUAGUAGUUUUUUCUAUAGUAGGACCUAAACACCCAACAUGAAAAACUCCUGACCCUACUGUAAUAGCUUUAGGAAAAACUCAUUUCCUAGUCAUUCCUGCUGUACCUCACAACCCUCCCCUUCUCUCUCUCCCCUUAGACAAGCACUUCUGGGUGCAGGGCUACACCCUGAUCUCCCGUGAUGUGGAGGACUGCGUGCCUGUCUUCCUCCGACACAUAGCCAACGACGUGUACGUCUGCGGGAAGACCAUCAACCUGCUCAAGAUCUGCUGUCCCCAGGUCAGUGGUAAUAGGUCAUUUACACAGCCAUAGAGUCUCACACUGUCUCGUCCUUGGGCCAGUGAAUACUAGGAUGAAGUUACUUUCCCUGGACACUGAUCUAAGGUCUUAUUGUGUUUUUUUCUCCUCUAAUGGUUAAAGUUAGGCUCUGGGAAGGGACUGAGCUGAUCCUAGAUCUGUACUUACGCAAACCACUACCCAGAGCAGCUUAGCAGCCCAAAGUUAACUCUGGUCUAGGAUCAGCUGUAAAUGUAACUCCUGUCUGAAAUUGUCUCUCUGCCGCAGCAUUACAUCUGCUGGUCGGAGCUGCCCGUGCCUCGCAUCGCUGUCACCUUCUCCCUGCAGGAAGUAGAGGAGAUAGAGAGGGACUGUGCCGUGUACCGAGGGCGCAUGGAGAGGAUCGCCAAGCACAGCGCCACCAGUAGGGAGGAACAGGUACUGCAGCAAAUCAUCAAGGACCCAAGACUAUCCUGAGAAAUUCAUGAAACUCAAACUAUAGUGGAAAAACCAUAUAUUAAUAAUACAUAGGAUUUUUAUAGGGCUUUUUUAAACCCCAAAUAUGCUUUAAAGUGUAGGGCUUUGAUGUUAAUUGGAGAUUUGUGUGAAAAUGUUUGUUCUACGCUUCUCUGCUUUGGAUUCAGAUUUUGAUAGAUAGAAGGAGAAGAGAGAGAGAGAGAAGGAAUGAGAGAGAGAGGGAAAGCCCCAGUAAUGGACCAUUAAGCUGAUGUACAGAUACUCGAUUUGAAACCUUCUGUGAUCUACUGUGCAAAUCCAUGGCCUAUUUUCCAGCUAGAACAGAAGCGGGAGAAGAUAGCAGAUAGCUCUCUGUUAAUGAUGGUCUGUGUCUGUUCUCUCUGUCUUUGUUGCUAGGCCCUGCGCACAGAGCAGGCACGCCAGGAACUGAUCAAUCAGGUCAGGCAGUCGGCCGCCAAGACCCUGGAGAGCAUCCGCGGUGAGAGGGACACACACAGUAACACAUGCAGGGCCUAAAAUUAACACCUGCCAAACGUGGGUAGAUUUUGGCAUUGGCGGGUAAGAAUGUCUAAAUCACCAACCACGUUGGCACGUGGUAACACUCCGGGCUCUACAGUGUGAACAUUGAAUAAAAAUAGUCAGAAUGGGCACAAGUGCGAGUGUGAUUUAUAGCAAAAUAAAUGCAGUAGCUGUUUUCAAAGUAUUUCUGCUGUUUGGUUUCAUAUCUGGUAACGUUAUAGCUAUCCCACCUCGCGCAGCGACACUGCCUGUCUGGGGGGCUAUGAGCACUGUGAGUGCUGAAAGAUACCUUUUUAGAAGCUGUGGGCUCAAAAGUCUACUAAAGUGAAACUUUGUCCUCGUGUUUCUUGGCUAUUUACAUUGUUUUGUUCACAAGCUAGGUUGCUUUUCAAUGUUUGAGUUUGCUCCCACUGCUAGCAAAAAGAGACAUCAUUGGUCUCUACUAGUGACAUUCUCACAGGCACACAUGAUGACUAGAGUGACCCUGUUACCAAGGUAACCUUAAAGGAAUCAGCUAAACAUUUUUGUCUGAUAUUUUUGUUAAAAUACUCAGGUCACAGAAUAUUAAAUUAAAUUGAGCAAUAUACCACAUUACUUCUUACUAGUAAUACAUUUCUUGUUUUAGAAACAUUACUAAGCAUGCUCAUAUGUUUUUGUGUGUUUGUGUAAUUAUGGCAAAAAAAUAACAAAUCGGAGUGGCAGGUAGAUUUUUAAAAUCUACUUGCCACAGUGGCUAUUAUACAAAAAAGUUAGUUUUAGGCCCUGAACAAAUGCAAUACACACACUGGUACACACACACACACAUGCAGAUGCACACACAAACACCUCGCUACAACACUGAUUAUAUCUUACAGGAUCUUUACAACAUUGCUCACAACACUGAUUACACCCCAAAAGAACAUGUCACACCACUCUAAGAGCCCUCUAUAACCCUAAGGGAUCCUCACAGAGACGGAAGGGAGAAGGGGGGCUGAUAUGAGUGAGAAAAGGCUUUGAACAGCUUCCAGCACUGCAGGGUGUAAAAUCUAAUCAUCGCUCACAUAGUUUAAGAAACUGCUCAUAUCAUUUAUUACUUCAAAGAUGUGCAGUGGGAAGUGAAUGAAGCUUGGGCCAAGUACUGCUGUGUGUGUGUGUGUGUGUGCGUGCAUGUGUGUGCGUGCAUGUGUGUACUGUGUGCGUAAGAGUCUGUGUGUGUACUGUAGGGGGUAACCAGCCUGCUGCUCUCUCUCUCGCCCCCUGCAGGGCGCCAGGUGUCGCAGCGUCUGGCCGACGAGGCAAAGAAGAGGGAACGCUUUGAAGAGCUGAGACAGCACCUGGAACAGGAACAAGAGGUGGGACAGAGAGAGAGAAAGGGAGAGGGUUACACUUUACUCAACUGUCUCCCUUUUGACCUUCAUAUCUUCACAAACUAAAGACGGAGAGAGAGAAAGAAGGAAUGAGAGAAAAACAAUUACUCUUUAACUCUGUUUUGCAUCAUAUAAACACCAGCUAGGAACACAACACUAUGUCCUUUAAUCUUCAGAGCUGUGUUACUGUUGUCUUGCCUCAGCUGUAGAGUGUGUGUAACCUGCGUGUAUGUGACCUUUGUGUGUGUAACCCAUGUCUGUGUGUAACCCAUGUCUGUACAUGUGUGUGAUUGUUGCAGUGGCACAGUGUAGCCAGGAGGAAGGAGCAGGAGGAUGAAUACAGCUUUGCCAGAGAGCUGAGAGACAGAGAGAAGCGACUACAGGCCCUGGAGGAGCAGCUGGAGAUCAGAGCCAGGUCUGGCCACUAGGGCGCGUCACCACACCAUACCCACAUUACCUUUUUUAAAAAAGCGUUAUUUUAAGUUAUAUUUGUUUACAAAGUCUCCUAAGACAAUACAAGCCAAAAUAAUAGCUUUACAUUUGGUUAUUAUGAUAAAGGUAAGAGUUGCACUAAUCUCAUAAUCAAAUCAUGACAUUAUCUUGAUCUUCAAGACCCUUAAAUAACCUGAGAUAACAAUGCAUCCUGGGCCUCAGGAAGGAACUGAUUGCCCAGUACAGCCACCUAUCAGAGGAAGCGGCCAAGAGGGAGUGGCGGGCCAUGUGGAGGGUUCAGCGAAUGAGACUGGACGAUUCCCGGGCCCAGUUCCUACAGCAAGACCAACAGGAGACUGAGGUCAGUAGUACUCUCUCUUAUACACGCAAGGUCUGUCGAAGGAGGUUACUUAGAAUGGUGUAAAUUAGAGGUCUUCACAGGUCCAAAAAGUUGGACCCGUUCCGAAAUGGACCUGUGAUUUCCCACCCGGACCCGAUAUGCAUAAAUACAUUUUUAAAAUAUAGAGACCAGUUCCGAACGGACCCGAAGACAACUAGACCCGUUCCGUUAUAGACCUGGUCAGAUGCAGACCCGGUCCAAUACGAUCUGAGUGAGGGAAGCAGCAGCAAAGUCAUUUAAGCUACUUUAUUAACCGGAGCUGAAACAAAGCGAGAGGAGGGAGAGAGGUGCGUCUAGCAAGCGGGGGAGGGGCUGUACUGUGAGCGGUGACAUUGGGAGGAGGGAGGGACCGACCAAGCAAAUUCGCGUUAUAGUACAGUCGUGGUCAAAAGUUUAGAGAAUGACACAAGUAUUGGUCUUCACAAAAUUCGCUGCUUCAGUGUUAUGACAUAUUUUUGUGUGAUGUUACUAUGGUAUACUGAAGUAUAAUUACAAGCAUUCCAUAAGUGUCAAAGGCCUUUAUUGACAAUUACAUUAAGUUUAUGCAAAGAGUCAAUAUUUGCAGUGUUGACCCUUCUUUUUCAAGACCUCUGCAAUCUGCCCAGGCAUGCUGUCAACUAACUUCUGGGCCACAUCCUGACUGAUGGCAGCCCAUUCUUGCAUAAUCACUGCUUGGGAGUUUGUCGGAAUUUGUUGGUUUUUGUUUGUCCACCCGCCUCUUGAGGAUCGACCACAAGUUCUCAAUGGGAUUAAUGUCUGGGGAGUUUCCUGGCCACUUAGUUAUCACUUUUGCCUUAUGGCAAGGUGCUCCAUCAUGCUGGAAAAGUCAUUGGUCGUCACCAAACUGUUCUUGGAUGGUUGGGAGAAGUUGCUCUUGGAGGAUGUGUUGGUACCAUUCUUUAUUCAUGGCUGUGUUCUUAGGCAAAAUUGUGAGUGAGCCCACUCCCUUGGCUGAGAAGCAACCCCACACAUGAAUGGUCUCAGGAUGCUUUACUGUUGGCAUGACACAGGACUGAUGGUAGCGCUCACCUUGUCUUCUCCGGACAAGGUGUUUUCCGGAUGCCCCAAACAAUCGGAAAGGGGAUUCAUCAGAGAAAAUGACUUUACCCCAGUCCUCAGCAGUCCAAUCCCUGUACCUUUUGCAGAACAUCAGUCUGUCCCUGAUGUUUUCCUGGAGAGAAGUGGCUUCUUUGCUGCCCUUCUAGACACCAGGCCAUCCUCCAAAAGUCUUCACCUCACUGUGCGUGCAGAUGCACUCUCACCUGCCUGCUGCCAUUCCUGAGCAAGCUCUGCACUGGUGGUGCCCCGAUCCCGCAGCUGAAUCAACUUUAGGAGACGGUCCUGGCACUUGCUGGACUUUCUUGGGCGCCCUGACGCCUUCUUCACAACAAUUUAACCUCUCUCCUUGAAGUUCUUGAUGAUCCGAUAAAUGGUUGAUUUAGGUGCAAUCUUACUAGCAGCAAUAUCUUUGCCUGUGAAGCCCUUUUUGUGCAAAGCAAUGGUGACGGCACAUGUUUCCUUGCAGGUAACCAUUGUUAACAGAGGAAGAACAAUGAUUUCAAGCACCACCCUCCUUUUAAAGCUUCCAGUCUGUUAUUCUAACUCAAUCAGCAUGACAGAGUGAUCUCCAGCCUUGUCCUCGUCAACACUCUCACCUGUGUUAAUGAGAGAAUCACUGACAUGAUGGCAGCUGGUCCUUUUGUGGCAGGGCUGAAAUGCAGUGGAAAUGUUUUUUGGGGAUUCAUUCAUUUUCAUGGCAAAGAGGGACUUUGCAAUUAAUUGCAAUUAAUCUGAUCACUCUUCAUGACAUUCUGGAGUAUAUGCAAAUUGCCAUCAUCAAAACUGAGGCAGCAGACUUUGUGAAAAUUAGUAUUUGUGUCAUUCUCAAAACUUUUGACCACGACUGUAGACUAAUAGCUGCCGUAGCUAGGUUAUUUAUCAUCAAAUAUGAUUACGUAGUACCUGUCUUGGACUGCAUCAAACCGGGAGAAGCUAGCUAACGUUAGCUAACUAGGCUAACUAUGCUGCAGUGCAUGCGCUUUCUCAUCCUACAGUUACAAAUAACAACUCCAUUCAGAAUAUUAAGUAGCAGCCUGCCUGUUGGUCGUUGUAGCCUGUCCUUCUCUUUUAACUUUUAAUUCUGUCAUUUUAAUUCCAUCUUCCAUUGAUUAGAUAUCUCCUAACUUUUGCCACACACGGAGCAAGGCUCUCUGACUAGCCUGUUGCCUCUUUGAUGACUUAUGAUUGGCAAACAACAACAAGCUACACGUGCCACGCUCCACUCUCAUGAAAAGCAAGAGUAGCAGCAUAAAUGAUACCAUUUCUCUCUCUCUCUACUGCAGCAUUCACGUUUGGAUCUGUACGGGCCCUUCCAGACCAGUCAGUUAAGACCGUGACGAUCAUAUCAGACUCCACUCAGACCCGUGACAUUAUUUAGAAUUCAGGUCCAGAUCGGGUUUCGGGUACAGGUGGAUCUGUGAAGACCUCUAGUGUAAAUCAUGUUUGGCGGUGUGGUUUUAUAUGAUGAUGUUGAUUAAUAUGAUUGUGAUGAUGUUGAUUAAUAUGAUUGUGAUGAUGAUGCAGUAAUGUACUAUUCUUAUCUAAACCCCUAGGCUAUUCUGGAGAAGUAUCCUGUGGGAGGGCAGAGACCCCCUCUGGAAAUACUACAGCCAGCUCCAGCUCAGACCAAUCAACCAUCAGCACAGGUAUGUAAGUGUGUGGGGUGGCAUAACGUAAAAUAAAUCAAGCCUAUGUAAAACUGCCAUGCCAAUCCACUCAUAGAAGUGUAAGCUUGACUGAGAGUGUGAUCUCUGCUCUUUGCCCUAACCUCGCUGUUCCCAUCCCUGUCUUGUACAGGAGUCUCUAUCCCCAGAGCCCUGUGAGCAGCAGUCAGGGGAGCCAACCCAGGCCCCCCUCCACCACCAAUCCUCUCCCCCUGCACCCUCCUUCACGAAACUCGACCCGACCCUCAUCUCAGAGCACAUCGACGUUAAUGACUUCCUGCCCAAGCCGGCCGACAGCCUGCAGGUGGACCAUGCCCUACAGGAGAUUGGGUCUGACCUCCCGGAGGCUCCUGCUCCUCCUAAACCCAUAGACUAUGACUUUAGCGCCCCCUACAGUCCCCUUGAGGGAGUGACGGCACCGGCCCUGGCUAGACCUCGCUGGGGUCCUGCAGUACAGCCAGACAUGGCUCACCCUCAAAUCCCAACAGGUCCCCCUGUGUCCACUCUAGGCAUAGGGUGUGUUGUGUCUGGGACUGAAGCUCUCCCAUCUCCACUACCUGGAAGUACCUACGGCCAUUCUUCAGACUCCACUCUGGGUGUAGGGUGUGUGGUGUCAGGAGCUGAGGUCCUGGAGGCCCUCCCCAGGCCCAGUCUCCACGGCCAGGCCUCCCAGUCUAGCAUCCCCCUGGGCCAGUACUCCUCUGAUGUGCCCUUGGCUCUCCACACAGCCAAUGUCCACGGACACCCCUCACAGACCACAGUGCAGCUGGUGGAUGGAAGUGAGGCAAAGCAGAUGGACAGCAGGCAGGAGAAUACGGAAGACCCAUCAGCCCCAGAGGGCAUCGUAACAGAGGCUGAAGGGACUGUAGAGACAUCAAGCCAGGUGGAGAUGAAGCCAGCAGAUAUAGAGAAACCAGACAGUGUUGGAGCAGAGGAACAGACGGCUGGUUCUCUCAGGGAUGCUGCUGCCUCCUCCACCCCAGAGCAGGGCCAUGACAGUGGGUAUCACCCAGUACAGGCCUCCCCUUCCCCCUCCAGUGUGUCAGAGCUCCCUACUGCCAACAUUAAAGGCCAUGCCUCAGAUGCUCAUAUCAAAGUCGGAGAGCAUGUCUCAGAUGUGGAAGCCCCUCUCCCUUCUCAAAACGUUCAUGGUCACUCAUCUGAUGCUAACAUAAAGGUAGGAGAGUUUGUUUCGGAGGUGACUGCUCCUCUUCCGACCGCCAAUGUUCACGGUCACUCAUCUGACGCUCAUAUUAAAGUCGGAGAGCAUGUUUCAGAUGUGGAAGCCCCUUUCCCUUCUCAAAACGUUCAUGGUCACUCAUCUGAUGCUAACAUAAAGGUAGGAGAGUUUGUUUCGGAGGUGACUGCUCCUCUUCUGACCGCCAAUGUUCACGGUCACGCAUCUGACGCUCAUAUUAAAGUUGGAGAGCACGUUUCAGAAGUGGUCGCCUCCCUUUUCACCCAGAACAUUCACGGUCAUGCCUCGGACGCGCACAUCAAGGUCGGGGAGCACAUGUCAGAAGAGGUCGCCUCCAUUCACACCCAAAACAUCCACGGUCACUCAUCCGACACUCACUUCAAGGCGGGGGAGUUUGUGUUGGACGCAGAGCCCUCCCGACCACGCUGGAGCAAGCAUGGUCACGCCUCAGACUGCACACUUCAAGUAGGCUGUGUGAUGUCAGGCACAGAACCAGUACCCUCUCCUUUACCUGGUAGCACCUACGGCCAUUCCUCUGAGUCGACUCUAGGCAUAGGGUGUGUUGUUUCUGGGGUUGAACCCCUUCAUGCUCCUCUACCUGGAAGUGACUUUGGACACUCCUCAGACUCAACCCUGGGUGGAGGGUGUGUGGUGUCAGGAACGGUAACCCUUCCUUCUCCGAUACCCGGAAGUGACUACGGCCAUUCGUCAGAUUCAGCGAUGGGCGGAGGGUGCGUGAUAUCUGGGAUUGAACCCCUUCGAGCUCCUCUUCCCGGCAGCAACUUCGGACAGUCCUCAGACUCCACUCUGGGCAUAGGGUGUGUGGUGUCGGGUGUAAACCCUCUGCCCUCCCCCAUCCCUGGCAGUACCUACGGCCACAGCUCAGACUCUGCCCUGGGAGUGGGCUGUAAGGUGAAGGAGACUGGUAAUGAAUAUGACGCCAGGACCCUAGAGCAGCAGGAGCAGCAGCGGCUGGCCGAGGGCAUCUCGUCCUGGGCAGCGGGCUUGGCUCUGUCCCCUGGAGAGAGCUCAGAGAGGGAGUACCUCCGUUCCCUGGCUGCUCAGUACCAGGUGGAGCAGUACGAAGACUGCUACAGUCUCAUGAGUGAGUCAUGUCAAAUACACAUAGGCCUACAUGUACAAAUACUGUAUAUUGCAGUUGACUCCUGAUAAGGGCUCUUCACACACACAUUCAUGACAGCCCCAAGUCAUUGCAUCAUACGGUAUCAGGAAUAGACUGCUCUGGUCUAAAAUAGCACAGUGGUACUCGAUCAAUUGCACAACACUAAUGUAAAGCAACUUUUAAACUAAGAUGACCAAAUGUUGAAUGUAUAAUAUACCUACCAUCUAACUGAAAACACAUCAAUGACUGAAACGUACAAUCAGGCAAUGGUACAUUAAUAUAAACAAAAUGUUUUAAGUAGAAUCUCACUGUGUGUUUCUGUGUGCUGUGUCCCCUCCACAGCAUUGGCCCCAGAGUGUCACCCCCUGCAUCAGGUGACGCGGGGCCCCUGGGGCCUCCCGGUGGACCCGUCACUCCGCAGGGCCACAGACACCACGGUGGUGCAGCUUAGUGGGAUGGUCUCCCUGCCCGUCCUCAUGAAGCACUCUGUCACCACCCCACUCAUCACACAGUGAGUGUGUGUGUUCCUUUUUAGGAAAGAAGGAGUCCACAUCUCUAUUUGUGGGCCUAUCACUGACUGUUUGCUACUCCUGUUAACCCCCCUUCUCUCUUUCUCUCUGUCUCUCAGUGUAUCCCUGGUGAACAAGGCGGUGGUGGACUACUACUUCGUAGAGCUUGGAGUGGAGAGGCACUUUGAGGCCCUCAGGCACUUCCUGCUCAUGGAGGACGGGGAGUUUGCCCAGUCUCUCAGUGACCUGAUCUUUGAAAAGGUGAAAUGGAGCUAUGGGAGUAGUCUUACCUACAGUGCCUUCAGAAAGUAUUCAUACCCCUUGACUUACUCCACAUUUUAUAGUGUUACAGCCUGAAUUCAAAAUGGAUUAAAUAUUUAUUUUUUCUCACCCAUCUACACACACUACCCCAUAACGACAAAGUGAAAACAUAUGUUUUUAGAAAUGUUUGUAAAUGUAUUUAAAAUUAAAUACAGAAAUAUCUCAUUUACGUAAGUGUUCACACCCCUGAGUCAAUACUUUGUAGAAGCACCUUUGGCAGCGAUUACAGCUGUGAGUCUUUCUGGGUAAGGCUCUAAAAGCUUUGCACACCUGUAUUGUACAAUAUUUGCCCAUUAUUCUUUUCAAAACUGUAACUCGGCCACUCAGGAACAUUCAUUGUCUUCUUUGUAAGCAUCUCCAGUGUAGAUUUGGCCUUGUGUUUUAGGUUAUUGUAAGCCGACUGAACCAGGUUUUCGUCUAGGAUUUUGUCUGUGCUUAGCUCCAUUCCGUUUCUUUUUUUUAAUCCUGAAAAACUCCCCAUGAUUACAAGCAUACCCAUAACAUGAUGUAGCCACCACUAUGCUUGAAAAUAUGAAGAGUGGUACUCAGUGAUGUGUUGUGUUGGAUUUGCCAGAAACGUAAUGCUUUGUAUUCAGGACAUAAAGUUCAUUUCUUAGCCAAUUUUUUUUACAGUUUUACUUUAGUGCCAGUUUUCUCCUAUCAUAGCCAUUAAACUCUGUAACUGUUUUAAAGUCACCAUUGGCCUCAUGGUGGCCUGAGCUGUUUCCUUCCUCUCUGGCAACUGAGUUAGGAAGGACACCUGUAUCCUUCUAGUGACUGGGUGUAUUGAUACACCAUCCAAAGUGUAAUUACUAACUUCACCAUGCUCAAAGGGAUAUUCAAUGUCUGCUUUUUUUAUUUUUACCCAUCUACCAAUAGGUGCCCAUCUUUACGAGGCAUUGGAAAACCCUCCCUUUGUGGUUGAAUCUGUGUUUGAAAUUCACUGCUCGUCUGAGGGACCUUACAGAUAAUUGUAUGUGUGGGGUACAAAGAUGAGGUAGUCAUUCAAAAAUCAUGUUCAACACUAUUAUUGCACACAGAGUGAGUCAAUGCAACUUGUUAUGUGACUUAAGCACAUUUUUACUCCUGAACUUAUUUAGGCUUGCCAUAACGAAGGGGCUAAUUAUUGAAUUGACAUUUCACCUUUUCAUUUUUAAUUCAUUAAAAACAUAAUUCCACUUUGACAGUAUGGGAUAUUGUGUGUAGGCCAGUGACCAAAAAAUCUCAAUGUAAUACAUUUUUUAUUCAAGCUGUAACACAACAAAAUGUGAAAAAGUCAAGGGGUGUGAAUACUUUCUGAAGGCACUGUUUGAUGGGCGUUUCAUGUACCUGUGUUUUUUCUGUAUGUGCAUAUGUCUGUGUAUCUGUGUUUUGCCUGGGUGUGUAUUUGCUGUGUGUUUUGUCUUUCAGUCUGUUUUAUCUGUCUGGGUGGGUCUAUGUCUCUGUUUUGUCCGUAUGUCUCCAUAUGUAAUCCCUGUGUUCUCCUCCGUCAGAUGGGCAGUGGUCAGACUCCUGGAGAGCUGUUGACUCCUCUGGUCCUGAACUCCAUCCUGAGCAAGGCUCUUCAGUACAGUGUUCAUGGAGACAGUUCCUUGGCCCCUAACUUCACCUUCGCCCUGCGCUUCCUCCCUGAGACCUUCCACCCUCACGCCCCCGAUGCACUCAACUGCCUGGAGCUACGCUACAAGGUCAGAGGAGAGAGUGUGUGGGUGCAGUAGGUUGCUGACGUCACUGAAAUUGUGAUGUAGUACUGUUCUUGGUAUGGAAAAUGAUAUCGGAUAACAGUUUGAUCCUCUUGAAUUCAUUUGGAGAGCGGCUUUUUGAAGACUUUUCUACCGUCCCUCAUACUCUCUUUUUCUCUCCCUCCCUCUGUCUCUCAGGUGGACUGGCCGUUGAACAUCAUAAUCACAGACAGCUGUAUGAACAAGUACAACCGUCUCUUCUCCUUCCUGCUGCAGCUCAAACACAUGGUGUGGAGCCUCAGAGACGUCUGGUUUCACCUCAAGAGGACCGGUAAGGGCUCCAUCUCUGGAAUAGAAUUAAGAAAAAAAGCCCUGCAGAAAGGGAAUAAGGAAAGGAAGGGAAUAAGAAAAGAAAGGGAAUAAGGAAAGAAAGGGAAUAAGGAAAGAAAGGGAAUAAGGAAAGAAAGGGAAUAAGGAAAGAAAGGGAAUAAAUGGAAUAAAGGAAAGAAAGGGAAUAAGGAAAGGAAGGGAAUAAGGAAAGAAAGAGAAUAAGGAAAGAAAGGGAAUAAGGAAAGAAAAGGAAAAGGAAAGAAAGGGAAUAAGGAAAGAAAGGGAAUAAAGGAAAGAAAGGGAAUAAAGGGAAUAAGGAAAUAAAGGAAAGAAAGGCAUACCGCUGCUCUCAAGUGUUUUAAUACACUCUGCACUACAUCAGUUAUUUUAAAGCGCUAAGGAGCAGCAUAUUUAAUGUGCAGGCUUUUCUUUAUUUAAAGCUCUAGUCAUAAUUAUGCCACGACCCAAAAGUAACCCAUAAAAUAAUGUGUACCUGUUCGUGUCCCCCAGCGCUGGUGAAAGGGGCGGGCCGCUCGGUGCAGUUCCGCCAGCUGCAGUUGUACAGACACGAGAUGCAACACUUUGUAAAGGUGAUCCAGGGCUACAUCGCUAACCAGAUCCUGCAGGUGUCAUGGUUAGAGUUCACCACCAAGCUGGCCGGUGCCUCAGACCUGGACGCCAUACACCGCAUACACGCCGACUACCUCAACAGAGCUAUCUUCAGGUUAGAGACAUACCCACAUACACGCCGACUACCUCAACACAUUAUACAUGAAUCCUACUCUAGACUUUAAACUCAGCCUGCUCUUAACAUGUUAUCUUUAACUCAAUAUGAAGCCUACAUCUGUCCUUCAUAGAAUACUGUAUCCAUUUCCUCUCCUCCCCUCCCAGGGGUCUGCUGACAGAGAAGGCAGCUCCAGUCAUGAACAUCAUCCACAGUAUCUUCAGUCUGAUCCUGAAGUUCCGGGCCCAGCUGAUCGCACAACCCUGGGACAGCCAGCAGGGGGAGACAGUGCACCCCAGUUUCAUCGCCAUGCAGCAGUCAUACAACACCUUCAAAUACUACUCCCACUUUCUCUUCAAAGGUAAGGACCGGGUCAACGCCUCACUGACCUCUGGUGAUCUUUCUAAUGAGAGUUGAGGGUAGUUUCUAUCUGGAGAAAGUGAUAUGUUCAAUUCCAAAUCAACAUCUGGCAGUCCUUAUUCCUGAAAACCUCUUGUUGCAGUGGUUAGUUGGUCACAUACACAUAUUUAGCAGAUGUUAUUGCAGGUGUAGUGAAAUGCUUGUGUUCCUAGCUCCAACAGUGCAGUAAUAUCUUAACAAUACACACAAAUCUAAAAGUAAAAUAAUGGAAUUAAGAAAUAUAUAAAUAUUAGGACGAGCAAUGUCGGAGUGGCAUUGACUAAAAUACAGUAGAAUACAGUAUAUACAUAUGAAAUGAGUAAAACAGUAUGUAAACAUUACUAAGGUGACCAGUGAUUCCAUGUCUAUGUAAAUAGGGCAGCAGCCUCUAAGGUGCAGGGUUGAGUAACCGGGUGGAAGCCAGCGACUAAGUUCAGGGCAGGGUACUGGGUGGAGGCUGGCUAGUGAUGGCUGUUUAACAGUCUGAUGGCCUUGAGAUAGAAGCUGGUUUUCAGUCUCUCUGUCCCAGCUUUGAUGCACCUGUACUGACCGUGCCUUCUGGAUGAUAGCGGGGUGAACAGGCCGUGGCUCGGGUGGCUGAGGUCCUUGAUGAUCUUCUUGGCCUUCCUUUGACACCGGGUGCUGUAGGUGUCCUGAAGGGCAGGCAGUGUGCUCCCGGUGAUGCGUUUGGCUGACCACACCACCCUCUGGAGAGCCCUGUGGUUGCGGGUGGUGCAGUUGCUGUACCAGGCGGUGAUACAGCCCGACAGGAUGCUCUCAAUGGUGCAUCUGUAAAAGUUAGUGAGGGUCUUAUGGGCCGAGCCGAAUUUCUUCAGCCUCCUGACGUUGAAGAGGCGGUGUUGCACUGCCUUCACCACAAUGUCUGUGUGGGUGGACCAUUUUAGAUUGUCAGUGAUGUGUACGCCGAGAAACUGAAGCUUUUCACCUUCUCCACUGCGGUCCCGUCGAUUUGGAUGGGGGCAUGCUCCCCCUGCUGCCUCCUGAAGUCCACGAUCAGCUCCUUCGUUUUGUUGAGGAAGAGGUUAUUUUCCUGGCACCAGUCCGCCAGGGCCCUCACCUCCCCUCUGUAGGCUGUCUCGUCAUUGUUGGUGUUCUGGCCUACUAGUGUUGUGUCGUCUUAAAACUUAAUGACUGAGUUGGAGGCAUGCAUGGCCAUGCUGUCAUGGGUGAACAGGGAGUACUGGAGGGGACUGAGCAUGCACCCUUGUGGAGCCACUGUGUUGAGGAUCAGCAUAGUGGUGUUGUUUCCUACCUUCACCACCUGGGGGCAGCCCGUCAGGAAGUCCAGGACCCAGUUGCACAGGGCAGGGUUCAGACUCAUAUUCAAUCUCUCCCUAUCCCAGUCUGCUGUCCCCACUUGCUUCAAGAUGUCCACCAUUGUUCCUGUACCCAAGAAAGCAAAGGUAGAACUAAAUUACUAUCGCCCCGUAGCACUCACUUCUGUCAUCAUGAAGUGCUUUGAGAGGCUAGUGAAGGAUCAUAUCACCUCUACCUUACCUGACACCCUAGACCCACUUCAAUUUGCAUACCACCCCAAUAGAUCCACAGACGAUGCAAUCGCCAUCGCAUUGCCCUAUCCCAUCUGAACAAGAGGAAUACCUACAGUGAGGGAGAAAAGUAUUUGAUCCCCUACUGAUUUUGUACGUUUGCCCACUGACAAAGAAAUUAUCAGUCUAUAAUUUAAAUGGUAGGUUUAUUUGAACAGUGAGAGAUAGAAUAACAACAACAAAAUCCAGAAAAACGCAUGUCAAAAAUGUUAUAAAUUGAUUUGCAUUUUAAUGAGGGAAAUAAGUAUUUGACCCCCUCUCAAUCAGAAAGAUUUCUGGCUCCCAGGUGUCUUUUAUACAGGUAACAAGCUGAGAUUAGGAGCACUCCCUUUAAGAGUGUGCUCCUAAAGGGAGUGCUCCUAAUCUCAGCUUGUUACCUGUAUAAAAGACACCUGUCCACAGAAGCAAUCAAUCAAUCAAUCAGAUUCCAAACUCUCCACCAUGGCCAAGACCAAAGAGCUCUCCAAGGAUGUCAGGGACAGGGGAGGGAAUGGCCGGCAGGGAUGUAGCUCAGUUGGUAGAGCAUGGCAUUUGCAAUGCCAGGGUUGUGGGUUAGAUUCCCACGGGGGGCCAGUAUGAAAAAAUAAAAUAAAAAUGUAUUCACUCACUAACUGUAAGUCGCUCUGGAUAAGAGCGUCUGCUAAAAUGACUAAAAUGUAAAUGUAAAAUAGGGAGAGAUUGAAUAUGUCCGUAAACACUCCAGCCAGCUGGUCUGCGCAUGCUCUGAGGAUGCGGCUAGGGAUGCAGUCUGGGUCGGCAGCCUUGCGAGGGUGAACACACUUAAAUGUCUUACUCACAUCUGCCACAGAGAACGAGAGCCCACAGUCCUCCUGAAACCGGGUGAAGAAGGUGUUUAGCUUGUCUGGGAGCAAGACAUCGGUGUCUGCGACGUGGCUGGUCCCUGCCACAUACGUCUUGUGUCUGAACCAUUGAAUUGCGACUCCACUUUGUCUCUGUACUGACGUUUUGCCUGUUUGAUUGCCUUACGGAGGGCAUAACUGCACUGUUUGUAUUCAACCAUAUUCCAAAUCACCCUGCCAUGGUUAAAUGCGGUGGUUCGCAACUUCAUGUUUUAGUCCCAUUUGUCUUACAUCCCCUCUCUGAAAAGUGUCAUGUCAAUUAGUCCUUUAACCAAUCAGGCAAAUGGAUCAAAUCUCUCUUUGGUGUCUCCUCAGUGGUGACCAAGCUGGUGAACCGAGGAUAUCAGCCUCACCUGGAGGACUUCCUGCUACGCAUCAACUUCAACAACUACUACAAAGACUCCUGAACGUACGUGUGUAGAACACUGUGUGCCUGUGUGUUGUAGAUAAUCAGACUAGGCCUUGUAGGCGUCUUAUUGCCCUAAUGUUUAUGUGUAUAGAAACAAAUGAUACGUUGAAUAUUAUGUACAUGUGUACAAAUUUCUCCCCCCACACCCAUUGCAAUAUGUGGUACUGUAUAUUUGUGGCAUGAAUAAUAUACCGUAUUAAAGAAACAACAUGAGUUGUAUUUACAUUUUAAAUGUACCUCGACAACCUGUUUGACAGCUUCAAUGUGCCUGACCAUACAGUAUUAUGCCUCCUGACAACCUAACAUGCUGAUGCCAAAUGUAACAACGCUACCCAAAGCUCAGGUGCCUCUCCUCCGCCCAUGCCCACCCCAUUCCUAAGCCCUGUAUGUCAAUUAAAGAAAUGCUUCAUUUUGUGAUGUAAAUGGUUUUUUUUUUACUUAAAGGGAG